CUUUUUUCAGAUCUCGGGAUGACACAGUCUGCGAAGCGCUGCGAUCUGUCAGUCGAAACAUUCGAAACUCUAGGAAAAAUUCAUGCAAACCUUCAUUAUCUCUGUGACAAGAAAGCUACCAAAGCCGAUAAGUCCACUCGUCGUUGUCAUGCUCAUAUGCACACCCGUGAAGGGACUGGCAUUGAUCUCGAAGUCACGUGUGACCUUGAGGAAAACUUUGCCUGGGUGCCACCGCUUGCUGCCGAGCCUGCACAUUUAGACGACAGCUUAGCUGGUCUGGAAAGUAUCUUACCUGAUAAUGUGGCCAUUGAAUUUGCUGCCUUCGAGAAGCGAGCAAGUGAGGAAGAAUUCGAAAGUGUCGAUGGAAAGGAAGUGUUAGAAGGGCGUGCCUUUGAUUUCAAGGAGUUACUGACCUUGCAUGAUGGGCGCCGUUUGCAUGCAUGA